AUGACGGAGAACGGGUUAUAUGGUCUGACUGCGGCUCAGCAAGCGAGUACCACGUCAGGUACUGGGGCCUCCCGGGGCCCGUCACCGCCCGGCGGCGCGACCGGCUUCCAACCGUCAUCGAGCCAAAGCGUAGUACCCACUGCCUCCAUCACGGCGCCCAUCGCGAACCUCGGAAUCGACGACGACGAUGACGACGACGCCGCGGACGACCGUGAUGAUGCCGCCGCCGCGCCCCAGGCUCCUCCGUACCGGGGGGGCGACGAGACGGCCACGCUGGCGGAAUACCCGUACUCGAUCUACAACCACGGCACCUGGACGGCGGACGAGGACAAGACGCUCAUCCAGGCGCGGUCGCGCGGGCAGAACUGGGCCGAGCUGCAGCGGACCCAUUUCCCGACCAAGACGGCCAACGCGUGCCGGAAGCGCUACGAGCGCCUGGUCGAGCGGCGCGGGAUAUACGACUAUAGCGGGCGCAGGCUGGAAAUGGUGGCCAACGAGUACAUGAACAUGCGCAAGGAGAUCUGGUCCGGCCUGGCGGAUCGGCUGGGGAUGAAGUGGGAUGCUGUCGAGGCCCUGUGCAUGGGGGUCGGGCUCAGGAGCAUCCAAUCUAAUGCCAGGUCCUACACCAACCGUGCGCGGCGGGAGGUCCGGAUGUCGAAAAAGACGCGGGAGUCGCAAGCCGAGGCCGUGAGUCUCGAUCCGGUGGGCCUCCCUUCGCUCGCAGCCCUGCCGCCGCCUCCGCCUCCGCCGCCCCCUCCUCCGGCCCCGGCCCCAACGCAAGGGCCAGCAAGCUCAGGUACAGGCCGGAGCCAUGCUCAUCCCAUCGUUCCCAUGCCGCCUCCCACCAGGCCCCCCCUUCCUACUCUCACCACCCGCUUGCCGCCGAUAUCCCUGACGCCGCAGGAAGCGGAGAUUUUUGGGGGUUAUCUGAACAGCCACCCGGACUCGCUGGGAGGAAUAUCCCGCCGUGCCGGGGUCGCGUCGCAUGGUGUGCCGUUGGGCAGGGGCCCAGACUGGCCACAUGCCAACAUUCGCGGCCGUAUCUGA